UCUAUGUACACUAACCAAACUCAAAAAGAACAGAUAGAUAAAUCAGGAUAUGCCAGUUGCUCACUGUACCUUGAAAAAUAGAGCUGACAGUCAAGCUAGAAAUACUCUGUGGCUGAUUUAAGUCUUCGGCCACUUACAGUGGAAUCUGUGUGGGAAGCCAAAUAUUCAUGGACAGUUGCCUGGUGAGCAUGGAGGUGUGUUGGACGAGCUCGACAGCUGGCAUUGUGGAGGUGUCCAUCACUUUCAAGGACUUGGCUGUGCGGUUCUCGGAGGAGGAGUGGCGGCUCCUGGAGGAGGGGCAGAGGGAGUUCUACCGAGAUGUGAUGCGGGAGAACUACGAGACGCUGGUCUCCGUGGGGACAGCUGAGCUGCUUCCCCUCUCUGCUUUCCUGUCACCUACGGAGCCUGGAGGAGCCACGGGCCGAGGGGGCUGCACUGCUGAGGGGCCGGAGCCUGCUGGUGGGGGAGGCCCCCAGGGAGGACAGCCCCGGCACAGCCUGCACCUCACCGCCCUGGUGCAGCUGGUGAAGGAGAUCCCAGAGUUCCUGUUCGGGGAAGUCAGGGGUGCUAUGAACAGCCCUGAGAGUGGGGGAGCCAGCCCGGAUGGGGAGAGAGCGAGCCCCGAGGCACCUGCAGCAGUGGAGCCAGGUCCUCUCCGAGGCCUGCUCAGCUGCCUUCCCAACGUCCCUGUCAGCCGACCCAGCCUGGCCUCCACGCCCACCAACAGCUCAUGCUGCAGCAGCCCACUCGAAGAUGGGGGACAAGGAAGCCCCCUCCCUAUCACAGCUGCUGACAAACCGUGGCCUACAGCGAAGGCAGGCCCAGGAGCCCCAGGCAGGGAGCCCAGCCCGCCUGCCUGCAGCCCCGGCAGGAGGAAGAGCCACAGAAGACAGGAGACAGGGACCUCGGGGGCAGGACUCUCUCCUGGGAACAGCCCCUUGCAAGGCCUCAUCAACUGUCUGAAAGAAAUCCUUGUGCCUGGGCCCCAGCACCCCGGGGCACCCCGGACUGAGCUGCCCCCUCUCCCUGUCCUGGACGCGUCGAGGCUGACCAGUGUGGAGCUGGGGCCCGGGAGCCCACCCCGGGAAGUGAAGACAGAGGCAGCUUCAGGGGAUUGUCCCCUCCAGGGUCUGCUGAACUGUCUGAAGGAGAUCCCCGAGGCCGGGGACAGGCAUCCCAGCACCUCAGGAGCAGGGGACCCAUGGCUACAGGAGGAUGGAGGGGCCUGGAAGAGGAAUUCUGGAGGGUCCGGACACCUCCCGACCCCUGCUCCCCGCCCUGGUCCUGGCUCUGGCGGCGUGCUCUCUGUGAAGGUGGAGGAAUGUCGGGCCCAGAGCCCUCCGGUGCCAGCAUCCUGUCAGCCCAGCAGGCAGACCCUCAGCCCCUCUGCCACUGGAGACACCAGAGGGGUCCCUGGGCCCAGCUGGGGCCCUCAGGCUCAAGCUGCCAGUGCAUCAAGCUCGCCGCUGGAAGCCCUGGAGGCCUGUCUGAAGGGCAUCCCCUCAAGCGGGUUGUUACCUCCCCAGCCACUGGCCACCUCCUGGUCCCAGAGCCCCCAGCCAGGAGACUCCGGGUCCCAGAGGCCUGAGCUGCGGCCCCACAGAUCACACAGUGAAGGGGCAAGCAGGGAGCCGCCUCUGCCUCUAGGCCUGCAGGGCUGUGUGAGAGAGGGCUCCACCGGGCCCCCAGGCCCCCGGCACACGCCCUCCAGCUUCUCCUCAUCCAGCAGCACCGAUGGGGACCUGGACUUUGGGAGCCCUGUGGGGAGCCAGGGGCAGCGGCCCAGAAAAGGAAGCCCACUGGGAAGCUCCCCCCUCCAGGGUCUAGAGAACUGUCUCAAAGAGAUACCUGUGCCCAGGCCACAGCCUACCUGGCCCUGCUCUUCGGCAGCCGACGGGGGUCUGAGGAGAGCAGAGCCCAGGAACUGGAUGGCAGACAAGGAAGGACUGAGGGGUGAGCCCUGUGCGCCAGCCCGUCUCGGGCAGGGAGGGGGAGAAGUGCCCAUCAGGAGCCUCCGUCUGGCCAACCCAGAGGCCUUCACCUCCAGCUCUGUCCCCACCUGCCACCAGCGGGGGCUCAGAGACCCUGGGGCCACCAAGCCUGGAGCAUGGAGGUGGCUCCAAGAUGGGCCAGCUGCUAAGCCCUCCCCACUGCACUGCCUGGAGAACUCCCUGAGAGGGAUCUUGCCCACGAGGCCCUUGCACUUUGCCUGCUUGGCCGGCCCCAGCCCCAGCCCCAGCCCCGGCUCCAGCUCAAGCUUCAGCAGCUCUGAGGGAGAAGACCUGAGGCUGGAGCCAGCGCCCUGGCGGCCACUCCUCCAGGAGCGGGACCGCCCUCCCCACUGCAAGUGUCCUGUCCCUCUGUCCCCGUGCCCUGGCGGAUCCCCCACUAGCAGCAGCAGCAGCAGCCCUGGUGAAGACCCCAGGAGAACAGAGCCUGCGGGCUGCAGCCGUCUCAGUGCAGGGACAGCUGGUGACCCCUGCCCUGCCCCUCCGCUGGAGAGAAGGCCUGGGCCCAGGUUUGGAGAAGCAUCCAGGGGCCUGGAGCCUGGACACGGAAGACCCAGAGCUGCAGCCAGGACCCACGGCAGGCUGCUCCCCAGGGGCCUGCCUGAGCCGCCCAGUGCGUCUCUGCUGCUGGAGCUGCCCUCUCCAGCAGCCACGUUUCCCGCUUUGCCAGCCGCCUCCUCGCGCCUGCCGUGCCCCUGCGGGAAGCCGCUGCAGCAGGAGCUGCACAGCCUCGGCGCUGCCCUCGCGGAGAAGCUGGACCGGCUGGCCACGGCCCUGGCAGGCCUGGCUCAGGAAGUGGCCACCAUGAGGACCCAGGUGAACCGGCUGGGGAGGCGCCCGCAGGGCCCUGGGCCGAAGGGCCAGGCCUCCUGGCCGUGGACCCUGCCCCGGGGACCUCGCUGGGCUAACGGCCCUGGCCACAGACACCUGCCGUACUGGAGACAGAAGGGCCCUGCCAGGCCUAAACCAAAGAUGCUGCGGGGCCAGGCGGAAGGCUGCAGGGCCAGCGGCUCCCCCGCACUCUCCAGAGGGAGGGUCCGCCUGGUGCCUCCGCUGCCUCCGGACAUUACCCUGGCAGAACCUUCUGGGCCCAACCACAGCCCUUCCCAGCAGCCUCUCUCAGCACCCAGCUGCCACGCUGUGCUGACUAUGCACCCUCCCCGCGGACACACUGUGGGCCACCAGAGCCCCGUGCCCCGCUUAGUGCCUGCUGCCUUAUCCGCCCAGACGGCCUCUCCUCCUGCGGCCGGCACAGACGCAGAGCCGCUGGCUGCAGGAGUGGCACCAGCCGGCCUCCCAGACCGGCCCAAGGAGCCGAACAGCCUGUUGGGAGGAGUCCACAGCGCUCUCCAGGAGGAACUCUGGGGUGGUGAACACAGGGACCCAAGGUGGGGGGCCCACUAACUGCAGUCCUCAUCUGCGCAGCCUGGGUGCAGGAGUGGCUUGCACCCGUCGCCCCAGCCCAGGCUGCCCUCUCCCAGGGACGUCUCCCUCUCCGUCUGCUUCCUGGCCCUUCCCACUGCAGGGGGUCCACCCUUUGCCCUGCACCAGGCCCCAGGCAGUGCUUGUGUUCCUCAGCCACACUCUGGCAUUCUUGGCUUGGGUUCAAUCAAACAUUGCUUCUCCCUCCCAUCCUCCACUGGAGGCGCCUGGGCGGUGGUGUGCACACCUGUGCGUGCACACUGUGUGUGCGUACCACGCGUGCACGGGGUGCUCCGUGCAGCCGCAGAUCGGCCUCGGGAGCCCUCUGCCUAACUACCUGCUGUUCCUGAUCCCAGCGCUGCGAAGGCCGGUUCCUGUCUUCCCGGAGUAAAUAUUGGCAAGUUUCAUUUGGGGAGAACUCUGCCCUCUGGUCUAAGCUGAAUUUACCCACGUGGAUUCUAAAAUUAAAGAAGUGAGUUGCUAAGGAAAGGCCCAUGGCUCCUCUUGGAAGGAGCUCGGUGGGGGCCCACUGUGGGACGUGGCCAAGCCAGCUCACGCCUCGACGCCCAGACACCCUGGAGAAGAUCCGACAAUGUGCCCUUAAGGUUGGGGGGAGAAGCCUGGGGAGCGGGAUUCCCAGAUGGCACCCUGGGGAAGAGCCGCACACAUUGCGUUUGCCUCCCAGGCGGCCUCACACAGUGCCACUGAAGUGCCACUGACUGGGCAGCUGAAACAACAGGCAUUUACCGUCUCUCAGUUCUGGAGGCCCCAAGUCCAAGUGCUGUCAGGGUUCGUUCCUUCUGCCAGCUGUGAGGGGGGAUCUGUCCCAGGCCUGUCUCCCUGGCUGAAGAUGGCUGUCUUCAUGUUCACACAGCGUCUGCGCACCUGUCUCCAAAUUUCCCCUUUGUGUCAGGACACCAGUCGUGUUGGAAUAUGGCCCACUGUGAUGAGUUCACUUUAAGUUGAUUCCCUCUCAAAAGACCCCUCUGCAAGUAAGAUCUCAUUCUGAGGUCCUGGGGGUUGGACUUGACAUAUAAAUUUGGAGAGGGGCACGGCGUAGCCUGUAGCACACGUAAGGGCUGGGCCAGUCUUCCUGGGUUUGUCUUGGGAGAUGGCAUGACCAGGUGUCACCAGGCCCACUCUGUCCUGGUAACUGCAAUGCGCCUGCUCCCAGCCCCCGCUGAUGCCUGGCCGUGUGCUGGAACCGGUGUGCCUGCUGUUCACUCGCUGCAAGACCUCCCUCGGGCACAGCCAACCUGGCGUUCCCACCCGAGUCCCUUAUUUAAUUUGAGGAGUGCACAUGUUGCCUGGGAAGGACUGGCCCUGCCCUCAGGCCCCUGGGGAACCUGGGAUGCUAGUGCUGCGGCCCAGUGUGUCCCUAAAAUCAGGGGCACUGGAGCCACACACGGGGCCUGAGUACCCCUCAGCUGGGCGAAGGACAGGCAGCCUUGCCUGGGGGCUUGGGGAACUGAAGGCCGCCUGUCCCUUGCUGCCCCUGCGGAAGGAGCAGGCUGCUGACACAGCGGAGGGGAGGGGGCCAGGGACAGACAGACUGUCAGGAAAGGGGCAUUAAGAUGUGUUCAGCACCAGAAUAAGGCCCAGGAUGGCUGUCUGGAAACUAAUAUUCGUAGGAUGAUGCAAGUAGGAUGUUGUUUAAAAUAAGCAGGCUCUUCACUCAGCCAUGCUUGAAACUGGAGAACAGAAAAGUUCUAGGCUGUCCCCUCCUGAAGAACUCAGAAAGGUGAGUCCAGUGGAGAGCAAUGCUGGGCACAUUUCAGAGCCAAGAGCAAGGGGUGGGACACAGACUUGCAGAGGAGGUUAAGGAGGGAACCCACCCACCCUGUGUGCUGGCCCUGGCUGCGAGGGGAGGAUUCCUGCCCAUCCCACCUGGCU